AUGCCAUCAUUGUUUUUCCUCGGGGCAGUCAACGUCGUUCGUCGCGAUGACCCUGGGAAUCGUGGACUCGCACACGGACCGAAUCUUAUCUUCGGUAAAGCAGAAGGAAUACAUCAAAUUGGGGAAUCGGUAGUUAUAGCAGUUGAAGAGUUCGAAUUGCCAAAAAAUCUUCAAGACCACUUGAGAAAAGCAAUAAGCAAUGUAAAUAAUAAGUCUUCAGAACUUUUAAACCACAAAGAUAUUGAAGAAUAUUAUAAAAAAAUUGACAAGCAACUUAAUGAGUUUAAAGAGUUUGAUAAAAAAGCUUUGAAGAUCGAUAAUUUUAUUCAUAUGUUUGAUUCAAUUGAUCAAAAUUUACUUAAAUGGGUUGAAGAUUAUACUAAAAUUGCUAGAAAAUUUAAUGCUAAGCAAUGUUAUGAAGGUCUUAGCAUUUUCAAUAAAAAUAAUAAUCUUGUUCUCUUUAAUAUUCAAGAAGAAUUAUUGAUGGAAGUUGAUGAUAUUAAAAAACACUUAACUAAGAAGUCUAAAGAGUUGGGCAAUAUAUUGUAUUUAAAUAAAGAGGAUAUUAAAAAG